AUGUCGAAGAGUCCGAAAGACAGUCCGCCUGGCACAAUGCGCAGGCCUGAGGCUGGCUCUCCCUCCAAUCCAAUCAACGUAGACAAUGCCGACAUGGUCAACCAGUUGUACGCAGGAACGUACAACCUGGGAGAUGAUGAUUGCCCUACUCCCCAAUCCAACACCUCGUCCAAUACCAGACAAAAAUAUUACCAAGCCUACUACUGCCCCGACUGCGACCAUUAUGCACCAGGACAUAGUUUCAACUGGUGUCCUAUUCGUAGGGAAAACAAAGAUAGGAUUCUGAUGGAGGGGUUACAUGGAGAUGUCAGCUACAACGAUAGUUACAACAUGGAUGGUGAAGGUACCAAAUUUCGGUGA